UUACUGAAAUCCAAUGAAGAGCAUUACCUCUCUAAAGCCGAUUAGGGUUUUCGAGCAUCCUCUUCCUUGUAUCCAUGUGUAUGGAGCAGAUUGAAAUUCAUUCCAAUUAAAGCGCAGAAGUCCGCGAAUCAGGAAUAGUAAAUAUGAGCAGUGACAGGAAGCGCGAUUACCAUCACUCUCCAUCUCCAUUUCCAGACCAGAAGAAGAGGCAGCAGCUCCAUCGAUCUUCAUCCAAAACUCCUCCUUCUAACCAACCUAGGUGCCCUGUCUUUAUCUCCUACCAUGACGCUCCAGGCCUCGAUCCUAAAAUUAGACAUAUAUGCAAAAUCAUCGCCGCUACUCCCUCCUCCUCCGUCGAGCAGGUCCUGGAAGCUAGCGGCUUCCGCGUCUCACAGCGAGAAGUCGAAGAGGUCCUGAAGCUCUCAUACGGAUUUCCAGGUGCCGUCGUGAAGUUCUUUCGAUGGGCGGGGUACCAGCUGGGCGACAAUCACAGUCCCUACGCCUGGAAUCUAGUCGUCGACCUGCUCGGUAAGCAUGGUCUCUUCGAUGCCAUGUGGAACGCUAUCGAGUCCAUGCGGAAUGAGCGCCUUAUCUCCUUGGCCACCUUCGCCUCCGUAUUCGGCAGUUAUGUCGUCGCCGAUCGAUUCCGGGACGCUAUUUAUGCAUUCGAUGUAAUGGAGCAGUACGGUUGUCCUAGGGACGUCGUGGCUCUUAACUCGCUUCUCAGCGCCGUGUGCAGGGAUGGUAGGACGGAGAACGCAGCGGAUUUCUUGCGUGUGGCCAAGGCCAGGAUAAGGCCUGAUUCCGACACCUAUGCCAUACUGCUGGAAGGGUGGGAGAAGGAAGGAAACGCAGCUUGCGCCAAGGAAACCCUCGCGGAAAUGGUAGCCGAUAUAGGUUGGGAUCCCAGCAAUGUGCCUGCCUAUGAUUCGUUCUUGAUUACUCUUCUUAAUGGUCCUAAUGGGAUAAAUGAGACUAUCAAGUUCUUUGAGACCAUGAGGGAAAGGAAGUGUUUCCCUGGUCUGAGGUUCUUCAAGAUUGCACUUGAGGACUGCGCCAAGAAAGUUGAUGUUAAAGCGGCUGUAUUUAUUUGGGACUCAAUGAUUGGGAGCAUAGGCUUCAAGCCGGAUACCAAGAUGUACAAUGCCAUGAUAGCUCUAUAUUGCUACUCCAAUGAUACUAACAAGGCAAUGAAGUUGUUAGAUGACAUGGUUUAUAAUGGGGUAUUUCCAGAUGCAGAUAUCUACAAUGUUUUGUUUAAGUUCUUGAUUAAGAGGAGGAAGUUGAGAGAAGCUUUGGCAAUAUUCAAUGAGAUGACAAAAAAUGAGUUUGUUCUAAGUGCAGCAAAUUGUAGUGCUGCAGUUAGGGAUUAUAUGGAUGCAGGUGAAGCCUAUGUGGCUUUAAAGGUGUGGAAGUUCAUGAUAGAGAAUCAUGACUCUGAUUUGGAGAAGACAGGUAAUUUGUUGGUUGUUGACCUUUGUGGUAUGGAUAUGGUUCCAGAAGCAGUUAAAUAUGCUGAGGGUAUGAUUGAAAAAGGAAUCAAAUUAACCUCUUUGACACUAUCCAAGUUGAAACAAAGCCUUACUAAAGUGAGGAAGGAAUUUGUAUAUGAAGAUCUUUUGAGAAAGUGUAGGAACUGUUCAGUUGGUUAGAUCUCACCCUCACUUGUGUUAAUUUUGAUGCACACACUUCUCUUUUGUAGCUUAUGACAUUUGCACAUUUUUCUUAGAAGGAAAAGAUAGUAACUAGAAUUAGGUUGUAUAAAUCACAGCCUAUGCUUUAUAAUUUAUCUGAUUUUCAAUAGUCUCAGAAGAGGGGUUUCACCCUUAAAAAAUGAGUUAUUAA